ACUGAUCAAAAUCGCUUCCCGCUCGCAUAUCCUUUCAAAUCCAUAUCCAAGAUCCAAAACAAACUUCCUUCCUCCAUCUCCAGUUUCACUCACUCAUUCUCAUUUCUACUUCCAAAUUUCGUUCCGUCAUUCCGAUUCCCGUCGCCGGCGUCAUGGAGUCCGAUAUCUCUCUCAUUGAAGUCGCCGGUGAAGACGAUUCUCUACUGCAACAGAUUCCACAAGACGAUCUUCUAAACCUUGAACGGAAAAUGGAAGGGAGUACAGCUGGAAACAGCGGCUUCUUCUUGUGUUCGCCCCUCUUAACUGGCAGAUCCAACGCCACCAUUGCUGGUUCUUCCACUGCUUCUUCUGCCGAUUAUACCGAUAAAGAAAAUAUUAAUGCAAACAAUAUAGAAGGUCCUAAGCUUAAUAUUAUGCCGCAACAGAUGAAGAAGAAGAAGAAAGCAGGAGGAUAUAAUUUACGUAAAAGCUUAGCAUGGAACAAAGCUUUCUUCACCGAAGAAGGAGUUUUGGAUUCCGUUGAGCUAUCGAUGAUCACUGGUAGUACUAGUACAUCUUGUGUUGAAGCAUUGGGAGCAAUCGACGAAGAAAUACCGGCUGAGUCUAGUGGUGGCUGUUAUAAGGAUUUGUCGUUAAAAGAUAAAUUAUUCAAGGAUAUGUCAAUUAGUACUCCAAGUGCUGGUAGAAAGAAUGGCCGUUGCUUGAUGCCAAAGCGUGGUUCAUCAACUAAAGAUAAUGUCAAAUUGAAGGAGCCAUCAGCCAAAGAUGUCAAUUGGAGCGGAUCAAAACGAGGAAGCUGUCCGCGACCUGCGGCUUCAUCGUCUGUCAAAAGGCCUAUAAUCUCAACUGCAACAAAAAUUGUGAAUAAAGAGGAGAGAAUUCCCAGAAUUCCAGUUCCAAAACGUGAUCCUAUUCCUACAACUAUCUCUAGGGCUCCAAGGAAUGCUGCUUCUAUACGUGCAAGUGACGCAAAGAGUAAUCCGGUUGCUCAAAGAGUUAAUCAGGUUGCUCAACGAGCUGGGAGUAUUCCAAAAAUGACUACGUGCAAGGGUCCGUCCAUCAAUGCAAAAAGGGCAUUAAACAAGGACGUCAAUGCAAGUAAAUCUUUGAAGGCUAAAAGCUCAAUUGAACAACCGAGAAGAAAAUUGGCUAACCCAGUAUUAAAAGUGAAUCCCUUGCGUUUACAAUACGGAUCUACUGAUUCAAAUGAGGGGUUAAAGGCGGUGACAAAUUCAUUAAUUUCAAAACCUCUUUCUUUAAAUGAUGACGGCACCAAGAAAGUUUCUGCUUCCAUUACUCAAAACGCUGCCUCUGAUGGUCGCAGCAUGCUUAAUCAAACCCAAAUGCCAAAGCCAUCUGGUCUGCGAAUGCCAUCACCCUCUAUGGGAUUUUUUGGUCAGAAAAAAGUUUCUUCAUUCCAAAGCGUGCCCCCAGAUACUUCAGAAUUGCACAGUAUAUCUAAAUCCAGUAUUCCCAAUGUGAGACUAGCUGGUCAUUCAAACCCUAUUUGUCAGUUGGCAACACUUGUACCUAGAAAUGUUACGAAAGCAAACGAUGGCGAGGCUUCUGAAGAAACUAAUGUAGUUUCCUGCUUAGGCUCUGGUAGUUCACUAGAACCUGUUUCCCAUGAUAAAGCGAAGUCCGCCUUGAAAGUUGCUAACAUUCAUUCAGGGAAAAUGAAUGUAUCUGGCGCUUCUACAAUGAACGAGGUUUUGAGCAUCCAUGGACUGGAGAAUCCUGUGCUGGAACAUCUUGGUGAUGUUACUAGAAUACACGAUGAGAUUCAGGACCAAUUAGAUGAGUGCCAAUCCCAUCGUGUGCCAUUUAACUUUGGUGAUUCUACCAAAUCACAUCUUGAUGAAACAAACGACUUGUGCUUGCAAGGGAUGCGAAAGGCUCUUGAUGAUCCGUUAAGUGGGGUGCAAAAUUGCUAUGACCAAUCUUCCGAGCAAGUUGAGCUUACAAACUCUUCUAAUUUCAAGAUUGAACGAACUUCUCCUGAUCACGAGAGGUUAGGAAUUGGAACUUCUAAUUCACUAAAGAGAAGUAGAAGUUCAAUAGAAUUCGACCGUGGUGGAUUUGGAGAUGUUAGUAAUGACUCCAACGGUCAGGAGAGAUGUUCAUUUGAACAGGAUGAAGCCUUCGAAACUCAUAAGGUGAGAGUAUUACGGACAAGGAAAGCAGAAGCUUCUGACUUAGAUCGCUGCAUUUCAAAUGAAUGCAACAACACUAUGCAGAGCACUUCUGUACUGUGUAAUUCAGACUCAAUGCAUAUUGAUGAUGAAAUAACAACUGCUACAAUGUCGAGUAGUAAAGCAUCGCAAGGAAACAGUUGUUCUCUAGCGUCUCAGAACGAUUAUACUUCCUGUGAGAACAAGCAUUUUACAAGAGAAAACAAUGACGUCAGUGAAUGUCAACCGGACGGUGAGAAUGAUUGUUCUUCGAUUCCACAUUCAACAGGAGAUGCUUGCUUAGAUAAUGACCAGGUCAACAGGAAUUGCAAAAGUCGUACAGAUGAGAUGGCAGACAUCGGAUCGGAUAUGCAGCAGAAUAACACUUCCUUGGAAGUAGGAAGGAAUCAGAAUGAUCAUGGUGGCGUAGAAAUUGCCUGCUAUGCUGAAGCUGCUGAAACUGUACCAAUAAGCCGAGAUUUACGUCCAAGUGAUAAUGAAAAUCAGCUGUAUGAAGCCCAUAUAUGCAUUGAACCCGAGAAUGUACAGUAUGAAGACAAACAAAAUUUUCCUGUUCUAUCCUCAGUUAUAGAUUUUGAUCAACUACCUGGAUUUUCUGCACUUCAAAAUUGUUGCAUUGACCAGGUAGAAGAUUCUCCAAAAAACAACCAAGGGUACUGCUCAAUUGAUGACUUGUUGCAUAGAAGCAGUUGUGAAGAGAACAACAAAGAAAUUAUAAUUGAUAGUGUCAUUGAUUGUUCUGAAUCUUCUGAUGUAUACCCGCCAGAAUGUCCAAGUAAUUGUGACCCGAUAGCAUCUCCCAAGGAUAAUUGCAGUGCACAUGAGGAGAUACGUGAAACAAGGAAAGGAGACAACAUUUUAGGGUCAUUGGAGAUCGAUGCGUCAUUAAGAAGUUCAAGUUGUUCAACUGCUAAAUCAUCUGAGUUUGGCAAAAUACCAAGUGGUGAAGGUACAUCUGAGACAUCGAGUAAAGAAAUUGUUUCCGAAGCAAGUACGACCUGCAACGAUCAGACAUUUUGUUCUCCAACUAAAGAUUUGGGUUUGUUAAUAGCCAUAUCGUCUUGUGAAAAUGUCCAACAGUAUGGAAGAGAUAAAGAACUGGACAAUCUCAAGUCUCCAGAGAUGAAUGGAACCACACUAUGUCAAAACGAAAGCGAGCUUAGCAGUGAAAUGGAUCACCUAUUGGAAACUGAAAUGUGCAGUACGUACAACGACAAUGCACAAUUAGAAGCAAGAACAAUUUGCAACGAUUCACCAUUUUGUUCACUGACCAAAGAUUCGGGUCCAUCAAUAUCCAAUGAUGACAUAUUGUCAAGGGAAAAUAUCGAACAGUAUAUGGAAGCAAAAGAUCUCGAGAAUCAAGAGAUGACUAGAAACACACUAUGUCAAAACGAAAGUGAGAUCAACAGUGAAACAGAUCAUCUACAUGACACUGAGAUGUGCAGUACAUGCAACGACAAUCCACAAUCAGAAGCAAUAAUAACUUGCAACGGUUCAUCAUUUUGUUCGCCAACUAAAGCUUUGGGUUCAUCAAUACCCAAUGAAGACAUACUGUCAAGGGAAAAAAUUGAAGUAUAUUUGGAAGCUAUAGAACUGGAGAAUCAUAAGUCUCCAAAUAUGAACGGAAACUUAGUGUCUCAAAAUGAGAAUGAGCUCAACAGUGAAAUGCAUCGACUCGAUGCCGAAACAUGCAGUACAUAUGCCGACAAUUCACAAUCAUUGGAGCUUAGGAAGUCCGAGGUUGUCGGGAAGCAAAAUGUUAUGGGAACUAAAACUUCAACAAAUGCUGCUCCAUUUUCUGAAGAAUGGUUGGCUGCACUUGAAGCUGCUGGAGAGGAAAUCUUGACCAUGAAAACCGGAGCUGUACAAAAUUCACCUCCCGACAAGUCUCAACCUGAACCUGGCCCAUGGUCUCCGGGAAAUUAUGAACACAGCUAUCAGACUCUCAUAAUUUCACACACCAGGUGAAACGGAAAAAUAAUCAAGGGAUCGGACCGUUUGAUUGUACAAAAUGUACCAAAGCGGGUUUAACUCCAUGAGUCUUUGUUAGCUAGAAUGCCUUCCUUUCUUUCCCACUAACGGUCUUACUGACUUCUUUUAUUCGAAUAUACCGAGACCCACCUUGUGCAGGUAAAAACAAAAGUUAUCCUGUUCACUUCCUCCCUUCCAUUAUGAACUCACAAUGACAACAUUAAACAAGAAAAAUUCUUUGUUUAGAAUUCAUUGACAAACCAAUAACUUUUAGUUUAACCGCGACCCGUUGGAUAAUACUUUCUGGAAAUUAAUUACAAAAGGUUAAAACACCAUUUUGACAUUCA